AACCGGAAGUGGGAAUGCGCAAAGUGCAUAAUUUUUAUUCUUUAAUCAUUUUUUCCGAUCGCGAGCAAGUUUCCGGCAAACAACGAAUUUGUUGAUUGGGGUAAAUUCAUUGUGGACCUCUGAAACUUGCCUCUGGUUGCCUCGUUGUUAUUGACCAAUCAAGGAUCGAGCGUCGCUCGGCGCGCGCAUAGCGGAAAGGGAAAAAACACGUAGUGGGGGGAAAUGGAAAGAAAAAAAUCAACUCAACGCACUCGCUCAGUCGCGAGGCAUUGAUCAUGCGCAAUGGAUGUGUUUUUACCUUGACGGAAAAAAACGCCGAUUUCGGAGCGGUCUCGUAUCAUUAUCGCGCAGCAUAAUCGUCGCGUACCUAUUUCUUUUUUCGUCCUAUUGCAGUCUCUUUGUACUCUAGUACAUAAAGAUAUACUCAUCGAUGAAUAUAAGGCAACUGUACGUUUGGUAUUGUUGGUGAGUGACUCGCGAAAAAUAGGAUGCUUGACGAGGGCGCCAUCGAUAUAGAUCCUUAGUUUUUAUUCGUGAACAAAUAUAAUAAUAUACAUAUGUGUUAUUUGUCCCGCGAGUGAUUUCUCUUCACGCGUGUACGUGUCCUGUGCUUUCGUACGUGCAAGCGUUCUUGCGUUCGUGCUCCAUCCGUGUUUGUAUGUUUUGUAGACAGCGCGCUGUCCCGGAGUUUGGACAAGAUGGCCGCCCGGGUGACAUCGGGCUUCUAUCAUUCGGCCCUUAUUUUGAUUAUUUUGCAACUUGUUAAUUGCAAUUACGGCGCUGAAUACGGUAACACUGCGAGACGAUUGCACCGUUCGACGCCUGGCAAAACUUAUAUCGUCGAAAAACCCGAUUUCUUCGACGACAAUGAACCAAUCGACGAAACGUCAUCUUCGAGAAACCGACGAGCCGUUCCUGAAUUUCCGGACAACAAUCCAAAUAUCACUACGAAGGUCAACGUUCUGAACGACACGCAUCAACAGUUGAUGGUACACUGGGUCGGUGAGAAAUCAAACGUUAUAAUAUGCCUUGCGAGGGACAGUACACCGGUGAUCAGAGUCCAGGAUAUGAGGUUUACGAGAAAAAUCAAUCCCAGCACGGUGUACAUAAGCUACGACUAUGGUGACACCUUCGAAAAUAAAAACGAGUAUUUCAAAAUUACCGAUGGACCCGAACCCGAAUACGCUCAAGUCGACAAAUUUUAUAAUCAUCCGAAGUUCAAUACAUACUGCGUUUUUGCUGACAGCGAACACAAGGUUAUUUUUACGACGAGCGACAAUGGCAAAACUAUCGUUAGACAGAAACUUGACUUCACACCCAGCGAAAUUUCCUUCUACGAGGAUAAUCCGAUGCAAUUUUUGGCCUUCGAUAAAGUCGAUCCCACGAGACGGCUGUGGCUUACGACCGACAUGGGAAAAACUUGGAAAUAUGUCCAUAUGUUCGUCAAAUCAUAUUACUGGUCAACGGGUGAGCCGAAAACUUUGUUGGUCGAGAGAAUCGAGCCCUCGGGAAAGAACACCGUGGUCGUAUCGAAACGAGUAUUACCGGGACAUUGGUUGAGCGACGUCGAGGUUUUGAUCGAGAACGUCCAAGAUUUUCAAGUUCGAGGUGAUUGGAUGUUCGCAAUUGUGGAGAAACCAGGAACUGUAAAGAAAUUAAAUGGUACAAAAACGAAUUUGGAUCUCUGGGUAUCGUACAAGAACAGUCGUUUCAUAAACGCCGAAUUCAACACGCAGCUGGACCGUUACGAUUAUCACAUUGCCGAUGUUUCGAAUAAUCGUGUCUUCGUCGCUGUCGCUCACAACGAGACUCAAGUUAAUCUUUACGUUCUCGAAGGCAUUGGUCCCGACAAAGUGAAAUUUGCUCUCUCCCUCGAAUCUAUACUCACGUUUUUCCCCAACACAACUUGGAAAGACAGUUGGUUAAACGACGUAGCCGACGAAGCUUUCACGGAUCUUUAUAAAGUCGAGGGUAUGAAAGGAAUUUAUAUAGCGUCGGAAGUGAAGAACAUGCCGAAAGCAGGCUCCAUAGGACCGGAACAUUUGGGUUCGUUGAUAACUUACGACCAUGGCAUAACGUGGAACAAGAUAAAAGGUCCUUCGGUGGAACACGAUGGUUUUUGGGUGCACUGCACGAAUGAUUGUUCGUUGCAUCUGUGUCAAAAAUUCAGUCAAUUGUACCCGGUUACGAGGUCGGUGUCAAUAAUGAGUUCAGUCUCUGCGCCAGGUAUAAUAAUGGCCACGGGAGUAAUGGGCCAGAAUUUCAAGUCGCAUCCGGCCCUGUUCGUUUCGAGAAACGCUGGCCUCACAUGGAAAAUGGUUCUCAAAGACUUUUAUUUCUUCAACAUGGGCGAUCACGGAGGUGUUUUGGUCGCGGUUAAAUAUUUCAAAUCCCGUGGGGAAACGCAGGAAUUAUUGUACUCGACGGACGAGGGUAAAUCGUGGAAAACUUACAAAUUCCACGACGAAAUGCUCCGAGUUUAUGGAUUGAUGACCGAGCCUGGUGAAAAUACAACGGUCUUUACUAUGUUUGGUUCGAUGCCCGGACAACAUCGUUGGCUCAUAAUAAAAGUCGAUUUGCGCAAAGUUUUCGAGCGUGAUUGUACACCCGAUGAUUACAAAUUCUGGUCACCCGCGAGCACCGAACAUUCCGUCAAAGCUUGCGUUCUCGGACUUCGCGAAGUUUACGAGCGACGAGCCGCAACCGCUAAUUGUUAUACGGGCAUCAAUUACGACAGGCCAGUCAAACACGAGAUUUGUCAUUGCGAUCUUGACGAUUAUUAUUGCGACGAUCACUUCGUCAAGUGGGGCACACCUUUCCAUUGCGUAGUACAAGAAGCAAAUAGCAAUCUAUUUGACCUUUAUGCUCCACCGGCAAGUUGCAAACCCGGCGACUUUUACAAUAGAACAAAAGGCUACAAGAAAAUACCCGGUGACGUGUGCGUCGGUGGUUCAACGAGGCAAUUCGAACCGGAUCAAAUCCCAUGUCCGAUGGAUGGAUUCUCCGAGUUUUUACUCGUCGCCCAACGCGAGCAUAUAUCCAGAAUCGAUCUCGGCGAUCAAACACUCGCUAGAUUACCAGUUCGUGGCCUUAAAAAUGUAAUCGCCAUUGAAUUUGAUAUGAAGAAUAAGUGUCUCUUUUGGGCUGAUAUUGUGAAUGACACGAUCGGUAGACAAUGCUUCACCGACGGUUUAAUUUAUCCUGAAAUUCUCGUGGAAACUGAUUUGAGCUCGAUCGAAGGCAUGGCUCUUGAUUGGAUUUCAAACGUUUUGUAUUUCGUUGAUGGUCUCAAAAUGAGAAUACAAAUAAUACGAACCGAUUUACAUACCGCUGGUCGUAUGAGGAGAACUAUUUUGGGGCCUAAUGAUUUACAAAAGCCUCGAGGCAUCGCCGUUCAUCCCAUGUUCGGAUAUAUGUUCUGGACUGAUUGGGCCGUCGGUAACGCUUCCGUGUCACGAGCUAAUCUCGAUGGUACAAACAUCAAACGUCUCUUCACGAAAGGCACGGUUGAAUGGCCGAACGGUAUAACGAUCGAUCAUAUAGCCGAAAGAAUAUAUUGGGUUGACGCCCGGGAGGAUUAUAUCGGUUCGUCGGACUUCGAUGGAAAGCGUUUCAAGAAAAUUAUUCACAGCGACGAGCGAGUAUCUCAUCCGUUCGCUGUUGCGGUUUACAAGGGUGAUAUGUAUUGGGACGAUUGGAAACAGCUAAUGAUAUUUAUCGCCGAUAAGGAUCGUGGUGUUGGAAAAACGUCAACCCUCGGACAGUUGGCGGGUUUGAUGGAUCUCAAGGUUUUCGCUCCGAGCAUACAGACCGGUACGAAUGCGUGUUCGAACAACACCGUUUGUUCGCAUAUUUGUCUCGGUGCGCCGGACAAUAAAUACGUUUGUCUUUGUCCUGACGGAAUGGAAAUGGUCGAGGGUAAAUGCAUGUGUCCCGGCAACGUUGUGCCUUUCGCUAAUUCGACUUGUCCGCGAGUCGCGAGUACAUGCGCCGGUGAUCAAUUUUCAUGUGGCAACGGCGUUUGCAUUCCUGAAUUUUGGAAAUGCGAUGGCGACAACGAUUGCGGCGACUAUUCGGACGAAUUUGGUUGCAACGGUCCUACUUGCGGUCCGAACGAUUUCAAAUGCGACGAGGACAAAUGUAUACCGAAAUAUUGGCUCUGCGAUCUCGACCGCGAUUGUCGCGAUGGUCAGGAUGAACUCACAUGCACUUAUUCAAAUUGUACCGAGUCACAGUUCAAGUGCGCCAAUGGACGCUGUAUCACUCAUCGUUGGCAUUGCGACGGUGAGGACGAUUGUCGAGACAAUUCCGACGAGGUCAAUUGCACCAACGAUCGUCAAAUGUCAACCUGUCGAAACGACGAGAUUUUGUGCACCUCUGACAAGAGUUGCAUACCGAGAACUUGGCGUUGUGACGGUGAACAGGAUUGCGAGGACAAUUCCGACGAGACCGGUUGCCAAGGUACAAAGUGUGCCCCUUGGCUCUUCCAGUGCGGACCCAAGGAUCUACCGUCGCGUGAUCGGUGUAUUUAUCAGUCGUGGGUUUGCGACGGUGUCGCCGAUUGCAAGGACGGCUCUGACGAAGUGAACUGCACCAUUCGGACUCUACCCACGACCAUGCCACCGGCUUUACCUACCAAUUCCUGCACCGAAUGGAUGUUCCCCUGUAACAACAAAAAAUGUGUACCCUACUGGUGGAAAUGCGACGACGUUGAUGACUGUGGCGACGCUUCGGACGAAUUGGGCUGCAAAAAAUCUGACGGGCCGACAGACAGCAGCUUUACCAGCUCUACCGAGAUGCCAACGUCCCUGUCGCCGGUGCAGCCCCGCGUAUGCAAUGAGAAUAUGUUCCAAUGUUACAGCGGCAAAUGUAUCGCCAAUUCUUGGGUUUGCGACGGGACCAGUGAUUGUAGACAGGGCGAGGACGAGCAAUACUGCGACACGAAACAUCGUGGUUGUCGCGAGGAUCAGUUCCCCUGUAGAAUCGACGGGUCUUGCGUUCCUCUAGCUAAUAUAUGCAACGGGUACGACGAUUGCCCCGACCGAAGUGAUGAACUUGGCUGCGACAACGAUCAAAACCCAAGCCCGGCGGGUAUCGCGCCUUCUUGCUUCGUUGGAUUCUUCCCCUGCGACGAGACACGAUGUCUCGCUCUCUCCUCCUACUGCGACGGUAGACAAGACUGUUUCGACGGUUUCGAUGAGAACAACUGCGAGAAAAACAAUUCGAGAGUCUAUCAAGUUAUGAUCAUGGGCAUGGACGAGAGAUCGACCAACGCCACGAGCCUGUUCUUGUUCUGGUGGAUGCCCAUUCCAACCAACGUUACAUUCGAAUUUUUACCCUCUUACGCUCUCCUCGAACCAAAUGCCAAAUGGACCAACGCGUCCAGCUGGAUCGAAGACACCGAGUACCAAUUCAACGGCCUCGAGCCUUACACGUCUUAUAAUCUUACCGUUUACGUGCGCCUCAAAGGACAAACGACCGUUUUCCCGCCCUUCAAAUAUCUCGUCAUGAAAACCGGCGAAGGCAUACCCAGCAAACCUUGGAACGUUACCGUUGCUCAGAGAAAUGGCACAAGGGUUCAAGUCUCGUGGAGGCCACCGCUCAAACCCAACGGAUCCAUCACCGGCUACGAGGUCUAUGUAACACCGCCUAUACCACCUCUCCAAUACUCUCUUCAAAAAACUUCCACCAUCAUCGACAUUCCCUUUGAGGCCGGCAAGAAUUAUUCGUUCUGGGUAAUCGCCAAGAAUCGAGAAUUCUCUUCAAACUCCUCGAACGUUGCCACCCUCACUUUCGACGGUUCUGCUAAUGUUGACGAUAUUCGAGAUCUACGGGUUCUUGAAACUACCAACAGCUCCGUACGUUUAACAUGGAAACAACUCAAGGACGUCGAUGCCUAUCACGUUACACCGAGGGGACCAACCUCUCCAUCCCCUUAUCCACUUAUGUCGACUCUUAUCACUCGUGACAACACUUAUACAGUCACGGGGCUCGCCCCUGGCACUCAGUACACCUUCGAAGUGAAUGCGGUGAAAAAAACAUAUGUCGGCAAAGUCGUCUUUGUAGCGGCAACCACGAAAGGACAGCCGUUACCCACUGUUUCUAAUCUCAUCGCCGCUCCCGUCAAAUUCCCUGGUAACGCUGUUAAAUUGAGCUGGGAUCCACCGAAAAGCCCACGUAAAAUUAAGUGGCAAUAUGCCGUACAUUACGCCCUUAACAUACAGGAUCUCUUUGGACCACCCAAACUCAUAACCUCCAAUCUAACCGCGACUGUUAAAAAUCUCGAAGCUUGCGAAUCUUAUGUCUUUGCUGUCGGCGUUCGUGGCACUUAUGGCGCCGGACCUCUCAGUCAACCCGUCUCCGUCCCGACUUACUACGAUAUUCACGCUCCGCCCAAAAGACUCAGGGUCACACCUGCCGAAAAUCCGGGCACUAUCAUCGUCUCUUGGAGUGCAAGUUGUCCUAUGGUCGUUGAACCCAUCAAAUAUGUGAUCUCGGUGACGGAAUUGACUCUGAACAAGACUUCGGUGGUGACGCUGCAGCCCACCAACGAUACGAUCAUUAAACACACGUUCAAGGGAAUGAAAUAUGGUGGUAAAUAUCGUGUUACGAUAUCGACCGACGUCGAGGACGCGAUACCCAGUCAACCGGUCAUGUACGUCGCACCACCUAUCUUGCCUCCUCAUCAACUGUCCGUCUUGAGAGAGGCUGACACUUAUGUUCUCUAUUGGCAAGAACGCAGCUUGCCAGAAGGUGUUACUAAAAAUGGACAAUUCCAUUAUGAGAUAAUCGUCAACGAGGGUGAGCAUGCGAUCAACGAAUCAAGCGCCAAAAUUAUUCACUGGGGACAACCACCCUACAUCUUUAAGGAUGCGAAAACCGACGUUAUUUACACUUUUGCCGUUCGAGCUGUUACCGCCGAUGGCUAUCAGAGUAUGCUCAGCGAAGCCGUUGGCGUCCGAAGUCCUUCGGACUGGCCAGUAACGAUAAACACGUCGAAUAUCGUCUCAUUGGCGAUACCGAUAUGUCUCCUGAUCAUCGCUCUCGGCGCUGGUCUCGCUUAUUUCGUUGUACGACACAGAAGAUUGUCCAGCAGUUUUACCCAGUUCGCAAACAGCCAUUAUGACACCAGACGAGGUCAGGCCACCUUCCCCGGCGCCACCGAUGGUUUGGCAGAUGACGAAGACAGCCCUGUGAUUCGAGGUUUUUCGGAUGAUGAGCCAUUGGUAAUAGCGUAAAUAUGUUGUUCGAAUGCAAAUACACACCAAACACAGACACAUACACACACGUGCGUAUAUAUGAUCAAAGACGAAGACGGUGGAAAAAAAAAUAUCAAGAAAAACACUUAGGAAUAUAAGCAUUAAUUCAUAAUCGCAAAGACACUACUAUUACUGAUAAUUUUCAUUAUAGAUAGAAACUUUAUAUCGUGCAAUCGGUAGACGAUGGCUCAUGUUCCGCACUGAAUUUCGCCGGAAUCGUCUUUUAUUCGGCCAUGUAAUUUUUUUUUUUUUUAAUUCUAUUUUUAAGAAUCAACGAGCGUGCGCGCGCGUGCUUUUUAUCUUCGUUUUGUAGAAUAUGAAAGUUUUUACGAGAGGACCAAACAUCGCAGAAGCCUCGCUUUCGGCCAUUCCGAGUGAGCCUUGUUAAGUACGAAUAUCAAACGUGAACUGUAAUUUAUUCGGUAACCUCGAUCGCGAUACGAUCGAGUCGUUCUAUUUUUGUUAGUUUCCGGUCGAAAUAAUCCGCGUUUACCGAUUUGUAAAUAUUUCAAGUUCUUGCUCUGUCGCAGAAUUCCGUUAUUUUUUCAUUCUCUGGUUCAAUUUCACGGAGAAAAAAUGGCUGUCUCGGGCGAAGGAAAUUUAUAAUAUUUCGAGUAUUUGUGUACCAAAUCGACUGCUUUUUGAUCUUUUGAAAUGCAAAGUUUAAUCGGAUGAAUUUUCAGAUUAUUCAACAAAAGAUGACUUUCUAGAUUGUUAUCAUUAUUAUCAGAACUCUGUCCAGAAAUGAUUGUAUUACAACGUCGAUCGAAUUGUAUGGUCACGACGAGAGAUUUUUCGCUCUACAGGAACGACAAUGAAAGUUAUUCCGUAAAAGUUGUACCUAGUUUGAGACGGACAUUUUGAUCCUCAUACUUUUGUCUCACAGAUGGUGCAAUGAAUUUUUUUUCAAAUGUUUUUCGUAGAUUUCAUAUAUUUCUCUCUUUAGCUGUGAAAUAAUUGUUUAUCGUUUCGUUUCUCGUUUUUCAAAAAUAUUAUAUCUUCAUUAAAUUCGUCUUUUUGUGUUCGCCCGUUUGUCGCGGUAACGUUUCAGUUGUGCGAGGACGGAAGACCGCCGUACUACUCGGGGAAUUAUUGGGAAUACGAGUUUUUCUAAUCGCCCUCCUUAUCCUCCCGCUCCUUGGAUUUCGGCAGCGUAUUUUUCCCUGCUUCUUCAAAAUCCUUUUCCGCUACCCAUUUUUUUGGUCUGUAAUUUGGACGUUUUACGUUCCGAUCCUGUUUUAGCGUUUUUUUUUUUAUUCGAUAUAAAUAGAAAUAAUUUCUUUCGAGAAAUAAAGACGUUGCUUGAUCGGAUCAGUUUGUCUGUUUCUUGAGAAUUUCAAAAUUUUUAAUAAACGAAGUUUGAUCUCUCUUUUUGGAGAAUCGAACUCUCUGAAAAUAAGACUGAACCGAGCGAAAUUCCAGUCCAAAGAAUAUCAAAGCCUUCUUAUUAAAACGAAUGAGACGAACGAUUGUUUUCGCAAUUUAUUUUUGCUGGCGUCGGUUUUCGUUCGAUGAGCGUGAAAUAUCGCCAAUCAGCUGGCUCAACUUGUUUUCAAUCAAUGAAAUGAAUAGUUUCUCACACGGUACAGCUGGAGAGUGAAAAAUGAAAAGUGUACGUUUUGCACCAGAGAGGCUAAGGAACGUCGAGAAGACGAAACGGGAGAAGAAGAAGAAGAAGAAGGAGACGAAGAAAACAAAUAAUAGCGAUAACAUUAAAAUAGGGCAAUCAUCAGUUUCGAGCACAACCGCGUUCAGGAUGCUGCUGCGAGUGCGCGUUAUUAAAAAGUAAAUUUAUAUAUGUAUAGAUGAAUGCAUAAAGCGUCGGCAGAGACGCGAACGCUAAAAAAUGGACGGCUUUUCGAGGCUCGAGGAUUGUCGUUUUUCAUUUUCAACCUUUAUUUCUCUCAAUCGUUAUUCUUCUUAAUUGCGCAGUAUUAGCAUGAGAAUUCAAGAAAAAAAGAUGAAGAAUUAGGAUCAAUGUCGCCAGGAUUUUCUUGCCAAAGCGAAAGAGCGCUUCUUCGUCGUCGCCAUAUUGAAAUACGAAAAUCCUCGAAGUUCGCAUUAAAACUGAUCGAUGAAAAGUAAGAAAUAACAAAGAAGGAUGAACAUAAUAAUUAUUAAUAAUAGUUGUAAUUAACAUUUGCAUAAAAUUUUCAACGAUCCAGCUCGAUGCGUCCUCUUGCGUAGAAUAUUAUCAUUAUUAUUAUUAUUAUUAUUAUUAUUAUUGUCGUUAAGGUUUAUUAUUAAUCUUAUCUGCGAAAAAUGGAAGAAUGAGAGAAAACAAAAGAGAGCGUUGGCUCGAAUGAUAGGCGUGCUUUGUUCGAGUAUAUCGUUCGACCCUUGGCACAAGUAAGCGAAAUGAAUGAAUUUCAAACUGAAACGUAAGAUUAAUUGACCUGUGCCAAAAAAACGUCGACUUUUUCCUCCUGCUAUUUUGUUCGAGAAUGCUACUUUCGAGUAUGAAAUGCAAAGAUUGUGUGUAGUCGUUACGUGUAAAUCUUGAGGGGGUAUGAACAAAAACGUUGAUAACAGUGAUAUAAUAUAUUCGCGUGUAAAUAAAUCAAUUUAAGAGCAA